AUGGUGUCGUCGAAUGACAAGCGCAAGACAGACCUUCUACCGGGUCUCUUUCGAGCGACAAUCUAUGGCAAGCGUCAAAUCGCGACCAUAAAGGAUGCCAAGUUGUUCCUGGAGUCUCUCCAGAACGAAGAUCCCCCCAGCCUCUGCAUCGAAAAGCUUCUAUCUAGCCCCUCGGGGCUCAACUGCGUCGCCCAGUCCGUGCGAAUAGACCUUUCGGCUUCUUUUGCCCGCGAUCACACAUUGAAGCUGCUUGCCUACUUGUCGGACCCUGGAGUUGAAGCCCUUGCGGAUGGUCUCUUGCUCAAACAAGUUCUUGAGGCUCUCGCGCAGCCACCGACAAUGUGGAGGCGUCUCGUGGAUCUCUGUCUGCAGCAAGAGAUCCAGGGAGAUGACCUCGCCCCAUUCGCCUGGAUCCUUGUCCAACUUGUCUCGUCUUCUUUGACACUGGCAGAGAAGAGCAUCCUUGAUGAUGCGCGCUCUGUAAUCGCCAGCGGCAUUCUCAGCCAGUCGUCUUCCCAUGUCGUCCGUGAAUUUGGGUACAAACUUGUCAAGCUGGUCCAGUUGACAAGCUCCGCCACCCACAUCCAUUCUUCUCAAUGCGCCACCCCAGGCGGACGGCAUGACAAUGACUUCGCCAACUUCCGCGACAUUGCAAUCUACCCCACCACCGACGAGUUGCUAUCGACUAAAACGCCAUUCUAUCGAACUGCCGACGAGGUGUUCGAAGUUGGGGAGGACGCUCGCGAAGGUGUUCUCAUUGACAAUCAGUUCCGCUUACUGAGAGAGGACAUGCUUGCUGAGCUGCGUGAGGAUAUGCAAAUUGCCACCGGGCGAAAGAAGAGCAAGAGGAAGCCCUUGGUUCUCGGAGGGCUUGUUCCGGUUGGCCUCGAUCUUGAGGCCAAAGGUCGCAACAAGCCAUGUACUCUGGCCGUUAGGUGCCACGCUGGACUCGAGCAACUCAAGAAGUUGGAGACCGGUCGACGGAAGAAAUAUUUGUCGGACCACCCCAGUCUUCUUAAACACCAGGCCUUUGGGGUUCUAUACCGUGGAGAUGAGGUCUACGGAUUCGCUUUCGUGGAGCGAGAUGUCGACAGACUCUGCAAAUCUCCACCAGAGGUGCUCCUUCAAUUCACGGAAGAAGUGUCUUUCCGAAAAGCCCUUUCGGCUUUGAAAGUACCGCAAGACAUCCGAUUCACCCUGGUGGGCACUCCUGUGUUUGCGUACGAACCAGUCUUGCGGGGUCUCAAGGAGAUCAGAGAACUUCCGCUUGAGGAUGUCCUACUCAACCUUGAAGAUCGGACGACGGACUUCACACCAGCAUCCGGGGUCCUUACUAUCAUCAGAAGGCUUGAAUCGGGUUCCAAGACUGUUUACCUCGGUGCUCAAUGCUCUGCUGAUGGGCUUCACCGAUCUGGCCGACAGCAGGUCGAGUUUGACGACUCGCAGCGUGUCUCUUUGAUCAAUGCACUCUCCAGUCCUGUAUCAAUCAUCCAGGGACCUCCCGGAACUGGCAAAUCCUUUAUUGGCGCCCAGAUCGCCAAGUGCCUGUAUCAAUCGUCCGAGUCGAGGAUUCUUGUCAUCACGUACACGAAUCAUGCUCUGGACCAGUUUCUUGAGGAUCUGAUCAAGACUGGAAUACCCGAAUUUGCGAUAGUACGCCUAGGAUCCCGCUCCAAAUGCACGGACGCCACAAGACCUCUUAUUCUGUACGAUCAAAUGCACAACUAUCGUCGUCCAAAGUCUGCAUGGGACCUGAUCAACCUGGCCAAAGAGGAGCUGAGAGAACUGAGCGAACGCCUUGAGCAGUCAUUCAAAGAAUAUCGAAAUUUCUCGCUCGCAUGGCCUGUCAUUGAGGAGCACCUAGAGUUCUCAGAAAACGAUUUUGUUUUCCUCGAAGCACUUCAAAUACCAGAGCAGGAUGGCAAUUGGAAGGUAGCUGGAAACAAAGGGAAGGGCAAUGUCAAGCCUUCAUACCUGUUCAAUCGGUGGAUGCUGGGUCAAGAUGCUGGUGCUUUCCGGACUAGGCUUCCCCAGAGAUCUGGAUUCAUAUGGACAAUGGACAAGGCCUUGCGACACGCUCAUGUGGAUAGAUGGAAGCAAGAAAUUUUGGGUAAGCGCCUUGAUACGCUCCAGGAGCUGUUCCGCCAGUACAAGGAAACGCACGAGAAGCUUGAGACGAUGUUCAAGGAGGGAGACGUGCAUACCUUGAAGAACAAACGCAUCAUUGGGUGUACAACGACCGCGGCCUCGAAAUAUGCUGGUAUCAUCCGUCAGGCAGCAGCUGAUGUCGUCCUCGCGGAAGAGGCCGGCGAGAUUCUGGAGAGCCAUAUCUUGACAAGUGUGUCCAGUUCAGUCAAGCAGCUUAUUCUCAUUGGCGACCACAAGCAACUGCGGCCCAAGAUCAACAAUUAUGCCUUGAGUGUCGAGAAGGGAGCUGGUUUUGACCUCAACCGAUCGCUCUUUGAGCGACUGAUUCGGCAAGAUGCUCCAUUCUGGACAUUGCACAAGCAGCAUCGCAUGGUUCCAGAGAUAUCUCGGCUCCCAAGAGAAAUGACCUAUCCGGACUUGGUCGAUGGACCGAAAACGGGGAGUCGAGCACCACUUCGCGGAGUCCGGGAUCGAGUCAUCUUCAUUCACCACGACAAAUUAGAAGCUGAGGAUAGCGACUUGAUCGACCGGAGGGACCCAGACGCGAAGUCAAGCAAGAUGAACGCUUUUGAGGGUCAGAUGGUCCUCAAGUGUGUUCGCUACCUUGCGCAACAGGGCUACAAGACCGAGCACAUGGUCGUACUGACUCCGUACUUGGGCCAACUGCGACUUCUACUUGAUAUGCUCAAAUCCGAACAUGACCCUAUCCUGAAUGAUCUGGACUCGUUCGAGAUGAUUCGAGCAGGCCUUCAAACAGAAGCGGGGGCAAAAGUCGACAAGAAGCCGCUCAGGAUAUCCACCAUUGAUAACUAUCAGGGAGAGGAGAGCGAUAUUGUCAUUGCAUCUCUCACAAGAAGUAACAAAGACGCGAAUAUUGGGUUCAUGCAAGCUCCCGAACGUCUUAACGUCCUGGUCUCACGAGCCCGAGAUUGCCUCAUCAUGAUCGGUAACUCGGAGACCUUCAUGAAGAGCAAGCGCGGCAAGGAAACCUGGUGUCGAUUCUUUGAGCUUCUCAAAGCCAAAAGUCAGUUGUACGACGGACUGCCAGUACGCUGUGAGCGUCAUCCAGAGAGGACAGCGGUCCUGAGUGACCCCAGUGACUUUGAUAAAUUCUGCCCGGAUGGAGGAUGUGCCGAGCCAUGCAACAUGCCCUUCAAGUGCGGUCAGCACAAGUGCGAACUCCGAUGUCACCGAGUUUCCGACCACUCCAAAAUCGAGUGCACGCGGUUGGUGAAGAGAACGUGCAAACGAGGACACCAGACCAGCAUCCGAUGUAGCCAGACAGGCGCAAAAUGCGCCAAAUGUGUACAGGAAGACAUUGCGCAGGAGCGCAGACUCAAGAGAGAUCUCCAACUUGAGGAAGUUCGCCUCAGACGCGAGACUGCCUACCGAUCAGAGCUAGAGAAGCUGCAAGAUGAGGCCUAUCAUCUGCGUCUUACUAUCAAGUGUGAGAUGGAAGCGGAAGAGCAGAAGAAGACACUACAGCAACAGCGGGCAGAUAUUGAUGGUUUGAAGGCAACAGCUCUCAGGACCCGUCAGCAGAAGCAAAAAGAGGCACAAAUCCAAGCGACCAAAGCAAGUAUCCCAACAAAUCGUCCGAGUGAAGACUGCCUCGAACAUCCGAGCGGUGCAAGGCAGGAAUGGGAAGAGAUAAAACGGACGGAUUUGGCGGUCUGCAAGGCGCUUGACAGUCUGAUGGAAAUGAUUGGGCUUGAAGGCGUCAAAGAAUCAUUCCUCGGUGUGAAGAACCGAGUCGACACAGCCAUACGUCAGAAUAUCUCCCUGAAGAAAGAUCGGUUCAACUGUUCCCUCCUCGGCAAUCCAGGCACCGGCAAAACAACCGUCGCACGUCUAUACGCCGAAUUGCUCACUUCCGUCGGCGCCAUACCGGGUAGUUGCUUCAAAGAAACCACUGGCUCGAGUCUCGCAAAUGGGGGUAUUACUGGAUGCGAAAAGCUCAUUGAUGAGAUCCUCACGGAUGGAGGCGGUGUCUUGUUCAUCGACGAAGCGUAUCAGCUCACAUCCGGCAACUCCUAUGGCGGUGCUGGUGUUCUUGAUUAUCUCCUACCCAAGAUUGAGGAGCUAGUUGGCCAGGUUGUUUUCGUCCUUGCCGGGUACAACAAGCAGAUGGAGUCCUUCUUCGCCCAUAACCCGGGCUUGCCGAGUCGUUUCCCGAUCGACAUGAAGUUUGAUGAUUAUAGCAAUGAAGAGCUCCUCUCCAUUCUCGGGCUCAAGAUCGGACAGAGAUUCUCGAACCGAAUGCAGUGUGAAGAUGGCCUCCGGGGUCUCUACUGCCGCAUCGCUUCGCAAAGAAUCGGGCGAGGUCGCGGUCGUGAAGGGUUCGGGAACGCUAGGGCUGUGGAGAAUGUGCUGACGCGAAUCCUGAACCGUCAAGCGAUGCGGUUGCGGCGAGAGCGCAAAGCUGGUAAGAAGCCGGAUGACAUGUGGCUGACAAAAGAGGACCUGAUCGGGCCAGAACCUUCCGGCGCACUAUCCACCUGUACGGCCUGGAAGAAGCUCCAGAGCCUGAUCGGACUGGGUACUGUGAAGGAGGCUGUCAGAGCUCUUUUAGACAGCGUACAGCACAAUUAUGACCGGGAGCUUGCCGAGCAGCCCCUUGUCGAAUACUCGUUGAACAAGAUAUUCCUGGGAUCUCCAGGCACCGGCAAGACCACGGUCGCAAAGCUGUACGGGGAAAUUCUUUCGCAUCUCGGCUUGCUGUCAAGAUCGGAAGUUGUGGUGAAAAACCCGUCGGACUUCGUUGGGGGAGCUCUGGGGCAGUCUGAGCAGCAGACAAAGGGGAUUCUUGCUGCAUCGGUUGGCAAGGUGCUCGUGAUCGACGAGGCUUAUGGUCUGUAUGGUGGCAGCGGAGGACAGUCUGGUUCGGUCAGUGACCCGUACAAGUCAGCGGUCAUCGACACGAUUGUGGCCGAAGUACAGAGCGUCCCAGGCGAUGAUCGCUGUGUCCUCCUGCUUGGAUACAAGGACCAGAUGGAAGACAUGCUCCAGAAUGUCAACCCAGGUCUUGCUAGGCGAUUUCCCUUGGCCUCUGCGUUCGUCUUUGAGGAUUUUACCGACGAUGAGCUUCGAGAAAUACUGGACCUCAAGCUUAAACAUCAAGGGUUUGGUGCCACGAACCAGGCUAAGCAGGUCGCAAUGGAGAUGCUUCAGCGUGCUCGAAAUCGACCUAAUUUUGGCAACGCUGGCGAGAUUGACAUCAUCUUGGACACUGCCAAAGCGCGACAACAGCGACGAAUCUCGGGCAAACGACCAGCUUCUUCGACAACGUUCGAGGCAGUAGACUUUGAUCCAAACUUCGAUCGCGCGAUGAGGUCUGAGACGAACAUCAAGAAGCUUUUCGAAGGUGAUGUCGGACGCGAACAGGUUAUUGAGAUACUUGAGGACUACCAGAGCAUCGUCCGCAAGGUCAAGGAUCUUGAUAUGGACCCAAAAGAGAACAUACCUUUCAACUUCUUAUUCCGGGGCCCCCCGGGUACUGGCAAGACAACCACAGCUAAGAAGAUGGGCAAGUUCUUUUACGACCUGGGGUUUCUCGCCACAGCAGAGGUUAUCGAGUGCUCCGCCUCUGAUCUUGUCGCACAAUAUGUUGGCCAAACAGGGCCUAAAGUGCGGAACCGUCUCGACAAUGCUCUAGGUCGUGUUCUUUUCAUUGAUGAGGCCUACCGUCUAGGGGAGGGUCAUUUCGCAAAAGAAGCAGUCGAUGAGCUUGUUGAUUCAAUCACCAAGUCCAAGUACAAAAAGAAGCUAGUGAUUAUCCUCGCCGGCUACGAAAAGGAUAUCAACCAGCUCAUAUCAACAAACACUGGUCUGAGCUCUAGAUUCCCGGAGGUUAUAGAUUUCCGAGGUCUUUCACCCUCUGAAUGUAUUGACCUAUUGACAUCCUUGCUCCAAGCCCACAAGAAACGCCUUGCUGCAAAGGGCAAGACACUGGACUUGAGCGUGCUGGAGGAGCCCGAUCCGACAUUCACGGCCAAAUUGUCCGGAUAUUUCUCUGAGCUUGCAAAGCAAGAAAGCUGGGGCAGCGCCCGAGACGUCAACACACUUGCCAAGGAAAUCUUCAACAAGACCAUCCUAGCCAAAGCUCCCGGAGCGGCUGGAAAUAUCUUGAAGGCAGAAGAGUCAACGGUCUAUGCCGAGUUGGAGCGGAUGUUUUCUGAGCGCACAUUGCGCGAGCAGUCUUCGUCUUCAACCACUUCAAUCUCCAACCGAGUGGAGCAUCAGCUAUUCCUUCCGAGACAGGUUGCCCCUACCAUCACUGCUAAACCGCAGGCGGCCCACCGUAAUGCUUGCGCGGCUCGUACUACCAUAACUGCGGAGAACAGGAGUUCUGUAGAGCAGCCAGCUCCAGAGCAUUCAAAGCCUCUUCUAGAGACUGGAUGUGAUGUCGCUCACGCCAAGUCUGUCCUAGACGCCAAACGCGACGCUGGGGUGAGCGACGCCGUGUGGGAGCAGCUGGAGAGGGACAAGCGGGCUCAGAUUGCAAGGGAACAAGAAUACGAGCGCCUGCUCGUGGCGCAACGAGAGGCUUCCGAAACCGACAGACGAGCGAUUCUGGAGCGUCUAUUGGAGGAAAAGAAGAGGCGAGAGGAGGAGAAAGCCAUGCAAAAGAAGCUCAUGAUGAUGGGACGAUGCCCAAUGGGAUACGAGUGGAUCAAGCAAUCAGGCGGGUACAGAUGUGCGGGUGGAAGUCAUUUCGUGAGCGAUAAGGAUCUUGCCGCCAAUUGUUGA